UAUUCCAUUCCCUGCAUUUGCCUCGUACUCGUAGACUUUCGAGUAAAUUUCAAAUAGGGAAAUCACGUUCAAAGGAAAAAUCGAUAUUCUCGUAUAAAAAUAUUAGUGAGUCAAGUCAAAAGACGUAAUUUUUCGUAUUUUGAAGUCGACCGGAAUAAAAAUUUAGAUUAAAAUUCAUCAAAAUUAGUCAAAUUCAACCGUAAUUUCUGAAAAUUCGAAAUUUUGAUCAGGGUGUGGUAGAAAAAAAGCGUAAAAAGACAAGAGCAAAUGAUCCGCGGCAUGCAAUCCGGCAAGCAAACAAACAGCGCAGCGAUUGCCCUUGCAUUGCGUCAACAGCAGCACCAACAGUCGCAUCAUGGCGACGGUAAAGGCGACCUUUCCGGUGCCCAAGACACCCUUUAUCUGUGUAAUUUUCGUGUUUCUGUCGAUGGCGAGUGGCUUUGCUUGAAAGAAUUGCAGGAGGAGGGCGGCACGCAACUGCCCGAAGGUGGUACAGAUAGCUCUAGUGGUCAUGUAAGCGCUGCUGCUGCUGCCGUCGCAAACAACGUCACAACUCACGAACGUGCGCUAGUGUGUAAAGAUGAUGCGAAAAUUGUCGAACGUGACUGGGUGAAUUACUAUUCUCGCGAUCCCGCCACAAUCGAACGCAGUAAUCUCGUGAAUAUCUGCAAGCUGGUCGUGAAGGAGUUACUGGAGCAAAGUUUGCGUUUCGGACGAAUGUUGGAUUCGGAUCAUCUUCCAUUGCAGCACUUUUUUAUCGUUUUGGAGCACGUUUUGCGGCACGGAUUGCGUCCGAAAAAGGGUUUGUUGGGACCAAAAAAGGAAUUAUGGGACGUAGUGCAGUCCGUGGAGAAAUAUUGUCCCUUGGCACAAGACAUCACGGACAGCGUGAGGAAUUUGCCGACUGUGAAAACGGCGCUGGGACGUGCUCGAGCGUGGUUGAGACUGGCGGUGAUGCAGAAAAAGCUCGCGGAUUACUUGCAGGAACUCGUGGAGCGACGAGACACGGUGCUAAUUGAGUAUUAUGAGCCGCAUGCGUUGAUGAUGAGUGAUGAGAUCAUCCUAAUCAUGGGAAUUUUGGUCGGCUUGAACGUCAUCGACUGCAACUUGUGCGUCAAAGAGGAGGAUUUGGACUCGCAACAAGGCGUCAUCGAUUUUUCGCUGUAUUUGCGCUCAAGUACGCGCGGCAGUCCCGACGAGGAACGCGAACAGCGUCACGCAAUCCAAGCGGAGGGCAACAUGUCGGCAGUUUUGGACCAAAAAAAUUACAUUGAGGAGCUAAAUCGCCAUUUGAACGCCACUGUGGCGAAUUUGCAGCAAAAAGUCGAGCAAAUUACGACGACGAACGCUCUCAUGAAGGAAGAUCUGGCGAUCGCUCGAAAUAGCGUCAUCGCGUUACAAGCGGAAAAUGCGGCCCUUCGAAAGGCAGCUUCAGACCCAAAUGCGACGGGAGUUCUCGUGCAUUCGGAAAGUUUGCAUGCGACCGACAACAAAGUCGAUCCCGAAAUGGCAGAAGCGCUCGCCGAGGAGAAACGACGACGAAUGGAGCUGGAACGCGAACUGGAAAUGCAACAACAAAUCAACCAAGAGACAAAUACGGCGAUGAAAUUGCUCGAAAAGGACAUUCACGAGAAGCAGGACACGAUUGUUUCGCUAAGGAGGCAACUGGAGGACAUCAAACAAAUCAACUUGGACAUGUAUCGAAAGCUUCAGGAAAGCGACUCAUCGCUCAAGCACAAAACUGAAUUAUUAUCGCGAUUAGAGACCCAAAGGGAAUCUAUGUCAGAAGCGAUUAAGCAGCUAGAAAAAAAAUAUCAAUCAGAGAGCAACAGCUUAUCCGCCUUGCAAGAAACCUCCCAAGCCUUAUCACUCCAGAUGGUUGCGUGCGAAGAACGUGCCGCAAAAGCUGAAGCCGAUGUCCGUAUCGAACGUGAAUGGCGUUCUGCGUUGCAAGAAAAGGAACGAAAACACAAGGAGCUCAUCAGCAGCUUACAAAUCGACAUCAAAACUCUCACCGAUGAAGUUCGGAAACAAGAACGAAUCCGUCAUGAUCUCGAACAGUAUCGUACAAAAUGGGGCGAAGCGCAACACACGCUCGAAGAAUUGGGCAUCCAGUUGUCCGUUAGCAAGCUCCAGAUCUCAGAAAUGAAGGAAAAAUUGGAAGGAAAUGAGAAAAAUGACGCAACGCCGCUCGCCUGGACUCCCGAUAAAUUGUCGUCGAAUUGUUCCACGUGCCUCAGAGAGUUUACCGUGACUCGGAGAAAACACCACUGCCGUCAUUGCGGGAAGAUUUUCUGUAACCCAUGUUCAGAAUACGUCGCAAUUUUACCUUCGGACCCGUCAGGAAAGCCCGUUCGUGUGUGCAAUAACUGCUUCGAGACCUUGAGCUCUCGUAAAUAACCUGAAAUUUCGUUGCCUUGAGAUAUUUCGUCCUGAUUUUCAACAACAAUCGAGUGUUUAUAUGAAUUUUUUGCGGAAAAUUUAUAAAAAAAAAUAAAUGUUGUUUGUAAAU